GUUAUUGCAGACCAGAGCACGCAGUGAUCUUCAGGCGUGUGUUCAAGCUUCCUGGCAAUCUAUAUUAAAGUUUAUCGAAAUGCAGUACCGAAAUUUCACAUUGCAAACAAUUUUUAUAAUUGUGGCAAUCUUGCCACUGAUCUGCUUGGCUAGUGAUUCUGACGAUCGCUGGCACACAUAUCGGGCUUCGCCGAGGCUGACUGGACCCGUUAAGCUUCUGCACGAUUCUCAGGAUGCGACACUGAAUUCCUUGGAUGAGGCACUGCAGAAGAUAUCCACGAUCUACAUGCAUGCUUUGGUCUCUGGCACCCAUACACCCGAAUUGGAGGCGCCACUGCGAGCCCUCGAAAUGGAACUUUUCGAUCUGCUCGAUCAGUUAUACAAGCAGCAUCGGCUCAAGGACUACAUGCAGUACGAGGCGGAAGUGACGCGACAAAUGAUCAUCUACAACAUGAUCAAGAGAUUGUUCGGCUACACCCAGGACAAUGGAGAAGGAAAUUAGAGGGGGGCGGGAGUAUGAAAUGAAAGUGAUUGAAUAAAGU